CAGUGCUGGGAUCAUGGCUGUAAUGGCCGACACUUCUCCUCCAAAAGCAACCUCAUCCGACACCAGAAGGAGAAAUCCAAGACCACCAGCAAUUUCACAUGCCCCUUGUGCGCAGCAGUCUUCACCCGGAGCUCCGCGCGGGAUACGCACCUGGCUCGUCAAAGCUGU